AUGACGCUAAAUAAAUUAUCGAUCGAUAAGGUUGAUUUAAAAGAUAAAAGAGUUUUAAUUCGAGUCGAUUUCAAUGUCCCUCUCAAAGAUGGCAAAAUCACGAACAAUCAGCGAAUCACAGCAGCGCUGCCAACUAUCAAGUAUGCAUUGGAUCAUGGCGCUAAGGCUGUUGUGCUUAUGUCACAUUUGGGACGCCCAGAUGGAAUGAAAAAUAAAGCAUUUACAUUAGAGCCUGUUGCAGAUGAACUCAAGCAUGUUCUUGCAAAAGAUGUAACAUUUCUGCAUGACUGUAUCGGACCAGAUGUUGAAAAAGUAACUGCUGAUCCAGCUCCAGGAAGUAUUAUUUUGCUUGAAAAUCUUCGAUUCUACCUAGAAGAAGAAGGAAAGGGUGUCAAUGAAAAAGGGGAGAAGGUGAAGGCAUCCCAGGAAGAUGUUGACAAAUUUCGUGCAUCUUUAACAAAGCAUGGUGAUGUUUAUGUGAAUGAUGCCUUUGGUACUGCACAUCGUGCGCACAGUUCUAUGGUUGGUGUCAAAUUGGAUAAGCGUGCUAGUGGUUUUUUGAUGAAGAAAGAAUUGGACUAUUUUGCUAAAGCUCUGGAUAAUCCAGUUCCACCAUUUCUUGCAAUUCUAGGUGGUGCAAAAGUAGCAGACAAGAUUUUACUUAUUCGUAAUCUUUUAGAUAAGGUUAAUGAGAUGAUUAUUGGUGGUGGUAUGGCAUAUACUUUUCUAAAAGUUCUCCACAAUAUCAACAUUGGAAAUUCAUUAUAUGACACGGAAGGUGCAAAAAUAGUAAAUGAACUAAUGGAUAAAGCUAAAGCAAAGAACGUAAAAAUUCACCUACCAGUCGAUUUCAUAAUUGCAGAUGAUUUCAAACAAGAUGCUCAUUUCAAAACCGCGGAUCUUAAGUCUGGUAUUCCCGAUGGUUGGAUGGGUCUAGAUAUUGGACCAGAAACGGCUAAGCAAUUUGCGGAAGUUGUGGCACAAUCGAAAACAAUUGUUUGGAAUGGUCCAGCCGGUGUUUUUGAGUGGGAUAAUUUCUCUAAAGGCACAGAAGCUGUAAUGAAUGCUGUUGUUGAUGCUACAGCCAAAGGAGCUGUUACUAUCAUUGGAGGAGGGGAUACAGCGACAUGCUGCAAAAAAUGGAAGACUGGUGAUAAAGUGAGUCACGUCAGCACUGGUGGUGGUGCUAGUCUUGAGUUGCUUGAAGGAAAAAUCUUACCAGGUGUUGAAGCACUUUCGCCGGCAUGA